AUGAAUGGUCUUGUUGCCUACGAUAGCAGCAGCGACGAAGAUGCACCCGCCGCACCGUCCACUAGCGGAAGUGCUGUUCAACCCAAGCAUGAUGCGAAGGAAGUUGUGUCCAGCGUUGACCAGCCGGCAGCAAGCGCGCAAAAUGAAAGCAGCUUAUCGUUGAUCGGACCGAUGAUGCCCACACAGGCGCUGGAAUCCUUCGACAAUGGUCUCGACAACCUUCCGGAGGAAAUAUCUGAACAAGACCUGAUCAGACAUUUGACACAAGCAGCACAUCCAGUUACCGAAAUACCUCCAUCGCCUCCAGGGUCGCCAGAUCCCGCAACGGAGACUCGAUUCAAGAACUUUCUCGCGCUCAAGGCACAGGGGCUUCAUUUCAACGAAGAUUUGGCAAAGAAGAGCAGCUUCCGCAAUCCUGCGCUGUUCGCAACUCUCCUGGAGAAAAACGGACUGGAUAGUAGCGCACAGUAUGCUUCGACACUGCCAUUGUCUGUUUGGGACCCCCAGUCUCUACCUGCGUAUGGCUAUAAAGAGGAAUUGGCACGAAGCCAACAGAGCUUGCGCGACCGAGAGGCUGCCCGCAAGAAGCAGGCCAUGGCAGCGGGUAAGCGCACUAUCGAAUUCGCCGCGGCUUCAAGUCCAGCAAAUUCGAGUAAGGCGUCAACGCCUGAUGCCUUCCGAAGAACGGCAGGCACUUGA